CCGUAAACCACCCAAGUUAAUAUAUCGAUGCAAAAUGCACACGUCUUUGAUCUUUCCCCUGGUCUCAAACUGGAGACAGUGGUGAAGCAAUCGGAGCGCCGGGAGCGGGGGAAUCCAUGGAUGGGACUAGCAGCAAUUCUAGCACGAAGUCCUCAACACUCCGCUGGCAAAUCCUUCGCCGCGCGCUUCUUCGUCGUCCUGCAUCCGGCCCAGGUUCAUUCAAUCAUCUAGACAGACUUGUAUGUACCCCUAUCUCGCGUAUCAUCCAUAAUAUGUGCUGUGCGUAACUGAGUUCUUCACAGAUAACCAAUCCGACAUGGCCAUUGAACAAAUAUCAAGAAAGGCGACUCGUGGUUUCAAUUUGAUACCCUGCAGUUUAGUGGAAAAUUGUUCACAAGAAAUUUCUGAUUCUCUCUUACGAAAAGACGCAUUGCGCAGCUCUGCUCUUCUCUGUUACACAUUGCCCCUUCCCAAAUCUCCCCAACUUACUCUGCACCAGAGAGUGAAUGGUAUUGUGGAUCUCAGUGACUUUGAGGUCAAUGGCCGUCUGAGGAUGUCCUUGCCUACUACUGCUUGUUACAUGCUGACAUGUUCAGGGAUAAAAGAGUCAUUGAAGUUGGAGCAGGAUAUGGCAUAGCUGGCUUGGUUGUUGCGGUAGCCACAGAUGCACUAGAAGUGGCAAUCACUGAUGGGAAUCCUCAAGUUGUUGAUUAUAUACAGCGUAAUGUAAGCACCAAUUCAGGCAUGUUUGGCGGUACAGCGGUUAAGUCAAUGAUUCUACAUUGGGGUCAGGAAAAUGUACCGGAUAUCUCCAAUACCUUUGAUUUCAUUAUUGCAAGUGACUGCACUUUCUUUAAGGAAUUCCAUGAAGCUCUGGCUGAAACCAUAAAAUCAUUGCUAAAGAAAGACAGUCCCUCAGAAGCUCUACUUUUUUGCCCGAAAAGAGGUGAUUCAUUGGACAAGUUUCUCGGGAAAGUUAUAGGCAGUGGAUUGAAUUUCACCAUAGAAAACAAUUAUGACGCUGAAAUUUGGAGGCGUCACCAGAGAUUCCUAUAUGGUGAUGAAUCCUGGCCGAAUUAUGAGAUGGAUCACUGCUAUCCUUUGCUGCUUAGAAUAAGAUGGUGAAAGGUCCAACUCAUGGAGGGAGGAAAUCGGGUAGAUUUUUUUUAUUCCUCACAUUUUCAUUCUUAAUACUAAUUCGCUCAUAAUUGAGCAAGCUUUGUAUUUUUAAAAGGAUCAAAUAAGUCUUAUUUUGAGAAUAAAACAAGCUUUGUAUUCUUAAUACUCAUAGUUGUGCACUUUGUCUAGAGUUAUAUUUGAAGCAAUUUCUUAAAAAAA